AGGAUUGGGAAUGCCCGUUAGAUGUGGCUUGCCGAUAAUAGCACACAUCAGCCACAGCGCUGCAAAUGAGAGCACAGGCAGAGAGCAGGGGACUGAGUGCAGAAUGAUACCAUAGAGCACAGAGCGAGAGAAGGAGUGGGAGAGAGUGUAUUGUCAGCACGUUGGAGAGCGCAAAGCACAGAGGACUGAGAGAGUGCAGGAAAGGAGGAGAAGAAGCGGAGAGAGGGAAAAAAAGAUAGAGGAUUGUGUUUUUGUAGGGGGGUAAAAGUUCCCACCGCUCCAGGCAGAAAGCAGACCUGAGGUCAGCAGCAGGGAGAAGUGAACCAGGUGGAAGAAGUGGAGCAGCUGACAGCAGGAGAGAAAGAGUCACAGGGGGUCUUGCUCUCACGGCAAACAUCACAGCAGUGUGGAGAGCACAGGAGAUCCAGGGGACACUAUUGAAACUUACCGUCUCAAGGACGCAGUCUGCCGUCACUUGUCAGGGUGAUAAUGGUUCUCACUGGACUAGGGCUUCUCUGCAUGGCUAACUCAAGAGCAUGAGAGCAGACGCUGGGAAUUGGGAAUAGCGCCUGUGUCGUUCCUUCCUCUCACUUACCUGUGUUGGGGAGAUAGAAAGAUUCUGAUAUAGAAACAUUCCGAUUGUCUGGCCUUGAAGAGAAUCAGUACAGAGCAGAGAGGGAGAGAGGAGCCGGUUAGAGUGGGAGAGUUCUGUCCUCUCAUCUCUGAGACAUGGUAGAGUGUGUAACAGUAGCGAGCCCCUCAGCAGCAGCAGCAACAGCCCCAGAGCAUGGAGAAGUCCAGCAGUGAGGAGUCAGCCAUUCACCGCAGCCCGUCCGUGGAUAGCCGCGACUCUGACUUUGCCCGCGCCUCUACAUCUGGCCGCCCGUUCAGUGGCCGCGGCUUCACCGCCGGCGCGUUCUACGGCUCAACGGGGCCACGUGGCGCCUCCGCCGCACAGGGGCAGGCUGGGACAGCGGCCGAUGCCAGCGUCAACAUCGGAGGAGACAAGAGCAGCAAUAACAAGUACACGGCGCCCAAAGGCAGCAAAUACGUGGUCUUUUACCUGGAUCUAUCCUUUGUGUUCCUUUUAGAAUUCAAGAAGUGCAACAUGGCACGGGGCUGUCUCUGCUGUUUGAAGUACACGAUGUUCCUCUUCAACCUCAUCUUCUGGUUGUGUGGCUGUGGGCUGCUCGGCGUGGGCAUCUGGCUGUCUGUGUCCCAGGGCAGCUUUGCCACCUUCUCGCCCUCCUUCCCGUCGCUCUCCGCUGCCAACUUGGUCAUCGCCAUCGGCGCCAUCGUCAUGGUGACCGGCUUCCUGGGCUGCCUGGGCGCCAUCAAGGAGAACAAGUGCCUGCUUCUGAGCUUCUUCAUUUUCUUGCUGAUAAUCCUGCUGGCAGAGCUGAUACUACUCAUCCUGUUCUUCGUGUAUUCAGAUAAGGUCAGCGAGAAUGCCAAGCAGGACCUGAAGGAUGGCUUGUCUCUGUACAACACAGACAACAAUGUAGGCCUCAGGAACGCAUGGAACAUCAUCCAAGCAGAGUGGAAGUGCUGUGGGGUGGUAGGGUACACAGAUUGGCACGAGGCCCUCAAGGAGAAGGUGGUGCCCGACCGCUGCUGCCAGGAGCACUACCAGGAGUGCGGACGCAACUCCACCAACAUGUUCUGGACACGGGGCUGCUAUGAGAAGGUGGAGGAGUGGCUCGAUGACAAUAAGCAUCUCAUGGGAACCAUUGGCAUGUGCAUCUUGGUAGUGCAGCUCCUGGGAAUGGCGUUCUCCAUGACACUGUUCCACCAAAUCCACAGAACAGGGAAGAAGUAUGACGCUUAGCGUGGGACAGACAGCACACAGGGAAAGGAGCCCCAUGUACUGCCUGAUGGGAUAGACUCUGGAUGCCCCCCCCCCCCAUACCUCCUGUAUCACAAAGCCUCCCACUCCCCACUCUUCCCAGAAACCCUGUACAGACUGCAGCUGUGUCACCCUUGUCCUCUUCUCUGUCCACUCCACCAUUCAUUUGCCAAAGAUAAAUGGGACUGGAAGAUGUCUUAUGUCGUCUCUCUCCUGUUCAGAAGUAAAUAUAAAUGUUUUGGGCGCUUGGACUAAUAGUUUUGCGGGAGGCUUUACUAAUGCUCCCCCCGC